AUGGGUCAGGAAAAAGAUGGGAAGCGUUUUGAUUUGUACAAGAAACGCACGACGUAUGUUAGGCCCAAUCAAAGAGAUGAUUUUGUUUUAGCCUGCAGAAUUCGUGAAAGGAAGGAAUCGAUUACUGUGUUACUUUGUGGUACCAGUGGAUGUGGCAAAUCGACAUUGUCGGCUUUGCUGGCUAGUAGGUUAGGGAUCACAACCGUUAUAUUUACAGAUUCGAUACGGCAUAUGAUGCGAAGUUUCGUUGACGAAAAUCAAAAUCCACUCCUAUGGUCUUCUACUUACCAUGCAAGUGAGCAUUUAGAUCCGGUUGCUGUUUCUGAAGCCAAGGCCAAAAGAAAGGCUAAAAAAUAA